AUGCACUGCCGCACUAGCUUGGAGAACACUUGCAACCACACAAUAAUGGAGCGGCAAACUCGACUCGUCCUGCUCGUCUUCGCCUUCUUUGCCGCCGGGGCGCUCCUCACCAGCUCCGCCGCGGCCGCGGCCGCCGACUUGUCGGCUGGUGCUCAGGCCAUGCCGUCGUCUCUGCACGCGCUGCGGCGCGUCGAGGACGACGCAAGCAGCUUCGUGGAGAGCGUGGAAGAGGCAGCGUACCCGCGGAGGAGGGCGCUCUACGGGGGCGGGUCUAUCAGCUACGCGGCGCUCGCUGCGAGCAAGGCCGCCUGCUACGGCCCGUGCCCCGCUCGUGGGCAGGCCUAUAGCCGCGGCUGCCAGGCCAUCUACCAGUGCCGAGGUUAG